AUCUAAUUGCAAUUCUUUGACGUCUUCAGUAGCGAACUUCUAGUUUCAAAUUUUCCAAAUUUAAACAUACCUCCACUCACUUGUCGACAGCUUAAACGAACGUUUCCCACUCUUUACAAAUCGCCGUUCUAAUAAGCUCAUAAUUCUGAACAUUUUAAUGGAGUGUCGGUAGUAAAUAUUCAUAGUGCUUCUCCGUUGCGUUUUAUACAGGCCGCAAAGAAUUGACUUAUAGCCGUCAUCUCCAUAACGGGUCAUGGCUCAACCGCCAUCACAUGCGAUUUAUACAAUGAACGACACCGGAAAGCGUCGCGAUGGCGCAUUUUCGAUACCACAACAGUCGCCGCUACCGCAAUCUCGUGAGCUCGGUCUCGCAACUCCCGAGGCUACAGCGACAACAUCGUCGCCAUUCUCUAGAUCUUGGCCACACUUGGUCGCCGGAGGUAUCGGAGGCAUGACAGCAGCUGUGCUAACAGCACCUCUGGAUGUUCUCAAAACCCGACUCCAGUCCGACUUUUAUCAAGCCCAGCUCCGAGCAGCGCGAGAAGCAACAGGCCAGGCGCGCCUUGGUCCAUUGCAGUCAGCCACGUAUCACUUACAAGAAACGGUCCAGAUCUUGCGCGACGUGCACAGGCUGGAAGGGUGGCGGGCACUGUUCAAGGGUCUGGGGCCGAACCUGGUCGGAGUCGUGCCGGCGCGAAGCAUUAACUUUUACGUGUACCCCACGAGCAAGAGGGCAUACUCGCAGUGGUUAGACGCAUCCCCGGAUAAUCCGAUUGUGCAUCUAGCCAGUGCGGUGACAGCGGGGAUCGCAACAGGAACUGCGACGAACCCUAUAUGGCUAGUGAAGACGCGAUUGCAGCUUGACAAGAAUAACGCUGAGCGCAAGGGUGACGUAGGUGCGCGCCGGUACCGCAACAGCUGGGACUGCAUCCGGCAGGUGGUGCGGGACGAGGGUCCGCGGGGCUUCUUCAAAGGUCUGAGCGCAAGUUAUCUUGGCAUCACCGAAAGCACACUGCAGUGGAUGAUGUACGAGGAGAUUAAACGCAAAUUAAGACUACGGGAGGAACGGAUCGUGCAAAGUGGCAAGGAAAAGACCUGGUGGGACCGUACAGUUGACCGGACAGGAAACUUCAUGGGUGCCGGUACGGCCAAGGGUAUAGCGUCCAUAUUGACGUAUCCGCAUGAGGUCGCGCGGACUCGGCUCAGACAAGCACCAAUGUCAGAUGGUAGACCCAAGUAUACGGGGCUCGUACAAUGCUUCAAACUUGUCUGGAAGGAGGAGGGCGUCAUCGGGCUAUACGGCGGUCUAACACCUCAUCUAAUGCGUACAAUCCCCUCGGCCGCAAUUAUGUUCGGCAUGUACGAGGUUAUCGUCAAGUUCCUCGGCGCGAAGAGCUAGAUAACAAUACCUCUGGCACUAACCCGCGUAUUAACGCUCCCUUAGACAACUCCAAUCCUACUAACACCCACAAAUGCGACGGUACACGUUUAUGACGACCCUGUAAUAAUAUUAACUUGGGGUAUGAGGCAAGAGGAAAAGGCAAUGCUAGAUGACUGACGAUACCUUUCGAGCUUGGACCGGAUAUCCAAGGAACCAUAGGCACCGAAUGAAGCCAUUCUAAACAACCAUCUCAUCUAUAUCUCCACCCACGCACAUGCAUGGACACUGUGCAGACGCUACAUCACCACUACUGUAUACCAAACGGAAAUAUGUCAUAGAAAAAAGGCUGGGUCACGAUAGAAUUACGAAGGCAAAAACACGGCAGGGUUCUCGUUAGCCUACUAUGUUCAAGCAAGUUAGACUAGCGGGCAGCUAUGAUCUAUACGUGUACGGAGUGACACAUAGCAUGAUUGGCGUUUGGGAGGGCAAAGGGGGAUGAAUAAUGUUAGAUAAGACGAAAGAAGAACAGGAUAAAAUAAAAACGAUCCACUCAGACCACAUGCAUUGAAAAUGCAUGUAACCAUGUAGCAUAAGGGAGAGCUAGUGAGCC